CACAUCAGCGCGGACCGCGGACGCCUCACCUCCCGGUCCCGUCCCUUCCUUUUCCUCCAGGGGAGGAGGAUGGGGUUGCAAAAGCUUCCCCCGAGGAUGCUCGUGUGGCUGGUGGCCUCGGGGAUUGUUUUCUACGGGGAGCUUUGGGUCUGCGCUGGCCUCGAUUAUGAUUACACUUUUGAUGGGAACGAAGAGGAUAAAGCGGAGACGAUAGAUUACAAGGACCCUUGUAAAGCCGCUGUGUUUUGGGGUGAUAUUGCCUUAGAUGAUGAAGACUUAAGUAUCUUUCAAAUUGAUAGGACAAUUGACCUUACACAGAACCCCUUUGGACUUGGACAUACCACAGGUGGAUUUGGAGACCAUGGUAUGUCAAAGAAACGAGGGGCCCUCUACCAGCUUAUAGACAGGAUAAGAAGAAUUGGCUCUGGCUUGGAGCAAAACAGCACAAUUAAAGGAAAAGUACCUCUCAAAUUCUCAGGGCAAAAUGAAAAAAAUCGAGUUCCCAGAGCUGCUACAUCAAGAACCGAAAGAAUAUGGCCUGGAGGUGUUAUUCCUUAUGUUAUAGGAGGCAACUUCACUGGCAGUCAGCGAGCCAUGUUCAAGCAGGCCAUGAGGCACUGGGAAAAGCACACAUGUGUGACUUUUAUUGAAAGAAGUGAUGAAGAGAGUUACAUUGUAUUCACGUAUAGACCUUGUGGAUGCUGCUCCUAUGUAGGUCGGCGGGGAAAUGGACCCCAGGCAAUCUCUAUUGGCAAGAACUGUGAUAAAUUUGGAAUUGUUGUUCAUGAAUUAGGCCAUGUGAUAGGCUUUUGGCAUGAACACACACGACCAGAUCGAGAUAACCAUGUCACUAUCAUAAGAGAAAACAUUCAGCCAGGUCAAGAGUACAAUUUUCUGAAGAUGGAGCCUGGAGAAGUGAACUCACUUGGAGAAAGAUACGACUUUGACAGUAUCAUGCACUAUGCCAGGAACACCUUCUCAAGGGGGAUGUUUCUGGAUACUAUUCUCCCCUCUCGUGAUGAUAAUGGCAUACGUCCUGCAAUUGGUCAGCGAACCCGUUUAAGCAAAGGAGAUAUUGCACAGGCAAGAAAGCUGUACAGAUGUCCAGCGUGUGGAGAAACCCUACAAGAAUCCAAUGGCAACCUUUCAUCUCCAGGAUUUCCAAAUGGCUACCCUUCUUAUACACACUGCAUCUGGAGAGUUUCAGUGACCCCAGGGGAGAAGAUUGUUUUAAAUUUUACCACAAUGGACCUAUACAAAAGCAGUUUGUGCUGGUAUGACUACAUCGAAGUGAGAGAUGGGUACUGGAGGAAAUCACCUCUCCUUGGUAGAUUCUGUGGGGACAAGUUGCCUGAAGUUCUUACCUCUACAGACAGCAGAAUGUGGAUUGAGUUUCGUAGCAGCAGUAACUGGGUGGGAAAAGGCUUUGCAGCUGUCUAUGAAGCGAUCUGCGGAGGUGAGAUACGUAAAAAUGAAGGACAGAUUCAGUCUCCUAAUUAUCCCGAUGACUACAGACCGAUGAAGGAAUGCGUGUGGAAAAUAACAGUGUCAGAAGACUACUUUGUUGGAUUGACCUUUCAGGCCUUUGAGAUUGAAAGACAUGACAACUGUGCCUAUGACUAUCUAGAAGUUCGAGAUGGAACCAGUGAAAAUAGCCCUUUGAUAGGGCGUUUCUGUGGUUAUGAUAAACCUGAAGAUAUCAGAUCUACCUCCAAUACCUUGUGGAUGAAAUUUGUUUCUGAUGGAACUGUGAACAAGGCAGGGUUUGCUGCCAACUUCUUUAAAGAGGAAGAUGAGUGUGCCAAACCUGACCGUGGAGGCUGUGAGCAGCGAUGUCUGAACACACUGGGCAGUUAUCAGUGUGUGUGUGAGCCCGGCUAUGAGCUGGGACCUGACAAGAGGAGCUGUGAAGCGGCUUGUGGCGGACUUCUUACCAAGCUUAAUGGCACCAUAACCACUCCAGGCUGGCCCAAGGAGUAUCCUCCUAAUAAAAACUGUGUGUGGCAGGUGGUUGCACCAACCCAAUACAGAAUUUCUAUGAAGUUUGAGUUUUUUGAGUUGGAGGGCAAUGAAGUUUGCAAAUACGAUUACGUGGAGAUUUGGAGUGGUCUUUCCUCUGAGUCUAAGUUGCAUGGCAAAUUUUGUGGCGCUGAAGUGCCUGAUGUGAUCACAUCUCAGUUCAACAAUAUGAGAAUUGAAUUCAGAUCUGACAAUACUGUAUCCAAGAAGGGCUUCAAGGCACAUUUCUUCUCAGACAAAGACGAAUGCUCCAAGGAUAAUGGUGGGUGUCAACAUGAAUGUGUCAACACAAUGGGAAGCUACAUGUGUCAGUGCCGUAAUGGAUUUGUGCUGCAUGAAAAUAAACAUGACUGCAAGGAAGCUGAGUGUGAACAGAAGAUCCACAGUCCAAGUGGCUUCAUCACCAGCCCCAACUGGCCAGACAAGUACCCAAGCAGGAAGGAAUGCACAUGGGAAAUCAGUACCACUCCUGGCCACCGAAUCAAAUUAGCCUUUGGUGAGUUUGAGAUCGAGCAGCAUCAAGAAUGUGCUUAUGAUCACUUGGAAGUAUUCGAUGGAGAAACAGAAAAAUCACCAAUUCUUGGAAGACUAUGUGGGAACAAGAUACCAGAGCCCCUUGUGGCUACUGGAAAUAAAAUGUUUGUUCGGUUUGUUUCUGAUGCAUCUGUUCAAAGGAAAGGCUUUCAAGCCACACAUUCUACAGAGUGUGGAGGCCGACUGAGAGCAGACCCGAAACCCAGAGAUCUGUACUCGCAUGCGCAGUUUGGUGAUAACAACUACCCGGGACAAGUGGACUGUGAAUGGCUGUUAGUGUCAGAACGGGGCUUUCGACUGGAGCUAUCCUUCCAGAUUUUUGAAGUGGAGGAAGAAGCCGACUGUGGCUAUGACUAUGUUGAGCUCUUUGACGGUCUCGAUUCGACAGCGGUGGGGCUUGGUCGAUUCUGUGGAUCAGGGCCACCAGAAGAGAUCUAUUCAAUUGGGGAUGCGAUUUUAAUUCAUUUUCACACUGAUGACACAAUCAACAAGAAAGGAUUUCAUAUAAGAUACAAAAGCAUUAGAUAUCCAGAUACUAUGCAUACCAAAAAAUAACACCAAAACCUCCAUCAAAACAUAAAGGAAUGUGCAUAAUGGAGAGAAGACGUAUUUUUUUUUAAAUGAAGAUAUUAGCACAAAUGUUUUAUAUAAUGAGUUUGACCAGAAGAAGACUUAUGAGGACAGGAUUCUCUCUGUGCUAAAAGAGAAGUUUUCAAGCCAGCUCUGAUCAACGUUGCCAAGAUACUGAAACUCCAUGCUGGGUGGUAUAAAUAUAAAUAAAGCUGGUGAGAAGGCAUCAUGUAACUUCAAGGAAGACUCCAGAGAUUUUGUUCACAGCCUGACAUAGAUGCCUUGCCAUUCAAACAGUUCGAUUCAGGGGCUGUGACUUGCAGCGUGUUUCUUUUUGACAAUUUUUCGAGAUUUGGGAGAAAUCAAAUGAUCUUGCAGGUCAUAAACUAAAAAACCCUCUUGUAUCUUAGGAUAAUUGUUUUGGCUUUGUAUCUUGCAUACGGAUCCACAUGGGAUGUUGCAAAAUGGGAGUCUUUGGAGGGCGGUUUGUACUUUAA